CAAAGAGGCAAAGCACACAGAUCAGGAGAAAACACAACUCAUGAAAAUUCUCUGAACUGUGGUGUGUGCAGUUGUGCCUCAGACAUGAAUCUCUUAAUUUCUGUAUCGCUGCUGGGACUGUGCUGUAUGCUCAGAUACUCAGCUGUAUCAGGAUCUGAAGAGAAAGGUUUCACCAGGCCUCUCAUUCUGGAUGCCUUCAAGGAAGCUAAACAAAUCGUAGAUGAGUCUUAUUUGUACUCUCGUCAAAAGAGCCUUGAGAAGGUGCGCAGUACCGAUUUUGUCAAGCCAUCUGAUAUACUGCGUCUGAUGAAGCAGCCAAAACGGAUGGCACGUGAGGCUGUGAGAGCUGCAGAUUACAUGGAGCAGACGUUGAGGAUCAUCUCAGAGAAAACACACCAUGUACACAAGAGAUCUAUUAACGCCACAGCACUGCUAUCUGAAGAAGAACUUCAGGAGAUCCACAGAUUGACUGGCUGUGCCGCUCAAACCCUGCCUCCUCCAUGCAGAACGACACAGAAUCUAAACAGAUAUCGCACGGCCAACAGCGUCUGCAACAACCUGAUAAAUCCACUUCAAGGUGCUUCAAACACACCGUUCACCCGCUGGCUGCCUCCUGUUUAUGAAGAUAACAUCACCCAACCUAAAGGAUGGAACCCUGGAAGACUCUAUAAUAAUAUUGUGCUUCCUCUGGUGAGGCAGGUGUCAAAUCAAAUUUUCAGCACACAGGCCGAAAAUGUUGUGGGAGACAAUGAGUACACAUUCCUCAUCACAUUCUUCGGCCAGUGGAAUGACCACGAUCUGUCCUUCACCCCCAUUUCACCCAGCAUCCGGUCCUAUAGCAACGGCAUUCAAUGUGAUGAGAGCUGUGAGCGCUCUGAGCCAUGCUUCCCCAUCCAGAUUCCUAGAGAUGACCCGCGCCUGCCCUCCAGUCCCAAAAGCUGCCUCCCUUUUUUUCGCUCUGCACCCGCUUGUGGCUCUGGAAACAACGCGUUCAUGUUUGGAGGUGUGCCUCAGGUGCGAGAGCAGAUCAACACUCUGACAUCAUUCCUGGAUGCGGGUCAGGUGUAUGGUGCAGAGGAGGCGCUCUCCCGAGAACUCAGAGAUCUCUCGAAUGAUGCAGGCCUCAUGCGUGUCAAUGAAAGAUUCCAGGACAAUGGACGUGAGCUGCUGCCUUUCAGCAAGGUAGUCAGCAAAAUGUGUGCCACACGCAAUCGCAUUCUGAACACCACUGGCCUAGAGGAAGUGCCGUGUUUUAUUGCAGGUGAUGGGCGUGUGGAUGAGAACAUCGCUCUCACUUCGCUGCACACACUCUUCCUGCGAGAACACAACCGGCUUGCUCGUGCUCUGCGCCGCCUAAACCAACAAUGGAACAAUGAGCAGAUUUAUGAGGAAGCUCGCAAAAUCAUGGGAGCCUACCAUCAGAUCAUAGUGUUUAGGGAUUAUCUGCCACACAUUGUGGGAAUGGAUGCCAUGAACAGGCAGCUCGGCAGGUAUCCCGGUUACAACCCCAACGUCAACCCAUCUAUCGCCAAUGUUUUCGCCACUGCCGCUUACCGCUUCGCCCACGCCACCAUCCAGCCCCUCAUCUUCCGUCUGAAUGAAAACUUCCAGGAGAAUGGACGGUUCCCUAGCAUUCCUCUGCAAACGGCCUUCUUUACACCAUGGAGAAUUGUAUUUGAAGGUGGGAUUGAUCCUCAGAUUCGGGGGCUGAUUAGUCGGCCAGCUAAGCUGAACAAGCAGGAUGGCAUACUGGUGGAUGCGGUAAGAGAAAGACUGUUCGCCUUCACCAGCAAAAUCGCCCAGGACCUGGGUUCGCUCAACUUGCAGCGGGGCAGAGACCACGCCCUGCAAAGCUAUAAUGCAUGGAGGAGAUUCUGUGGUCUGUCCACUCCCAAGGAUGUCAAUGAAUUGGGGAGGGUGCUGAAUAACACAGAUCUGGCACGGAAGCUCAUCCAACUUUAUGGGACAGCCGAUAACAUCGACCUCUGGGCGGGAGGUAUUGCGGAACCGUUUGUCCGUGGGGGCAGAGUCGGACCUCUGUUCGCUUGUAUCAUUGCCACGCAGUUCCAGAGGAUCCGCCAAGGAGACAGGCACUGGUGGGAGAACAUGGGUGUUUUCACCCAGGCACAGACAUCCGCACUUUCUAGAGUGUCUCUGUCUCGCAUCAUCUGUGACAACACGGGCAUCAGCAGAGUUCCUAGAAACCCUUUCAUCCUGAGUCGGAACCAAGCAAACUUUGUCAACUGCAGGAACAUCCUGGGGAUUGACCUCAGUCCUUGGAAAGAGUCAAAGGACAGAAGCAGUGAAGAGGCGUCUGAUGAACAUGGGUUCAGUCAGGAGUGAAAAGCCCCAGUGGUCCAUGUUGAACCUACUGCCCCCAAAGACCCCACUGGAACUCUUUCCUUAUGGAAUCCUGAAUGUCUGUGAACCUCCAGAUCUCUUUCUCCUUGCUAUCGCUUCUGCAAGAACAAUCUACAAAUAUCUAAAUUGCUAAAAAAUUCACCUGUAACAUACCUGCCAUCUAUGAGUGUAAUUUCUUGAGAUACAUUAUAUCUGUAGUAUCUUUGAAAAAGUCAACUGCUGAUAUAUUUUUUAAAUAUUUUUCACUUCACUAGUAUCUAUGAUCUGUAUACAGCAGUCCAGUCUGAUCUUUGUUAUAAAAUUUCAUGCAUGUUUUUACAAAUACCGCAUCAUUACAUACACACAUU